AUGCUACAUCUCAAAGUCCAGUUUUUGGAUGAUUCUCAGAAGAUCUUUGUGGUUGAUCAAAAGUCCUCCGGGAAAACAUUAUUUAACCUGAGCUGCAACCACUUGAACCUUGCAGAAAAGGAAUAUUUUGGACUGGAUUUCUGGAGCCCUGCAGGGCAUGCUGCCUGGCUGGAACUCCUCAAGCCCAUCACGAAGCAGGUUAAAAAUCCUAAGGACAUUCUUUUCAAAUUUAUGGUGAAAUUUUUCCCAGUGGAUCCGGGUCAUCUGAAAGAAGAGCUGACGAGGUACCUGUUCACCCUUCAGAUCAAGAAGGAUCUGGCCUGCGGAAAACUCCCUUGCAGUGACAACAGUUCAGCUCUGAUGGUGUCACAUCUUCUGCAAUCCGCGCUGGGUGAUUUUCAUGAAGAAAUGGACCGAAAGCACCUGGAAACACACAAAUACUUACUGAACCAAGAGGAUCUGAUGAACAGCAUCAUGCAUUACCAUAAGAAACACAUGGGCAAAACUCCUGCUGAAUCAGAUGUGCAGCUCCUGGACAUAGCAAGGAAACUGGAAAUGUAUGGGAUCCGACCCCAUCCUGCAAGCGACGGAGAAGGGACCCAGAUCAACUUGGCAGUCACGCACAUGGGGGUGCUGGUUCUGCGGGGGAACACCAAGAUUAAUACGUUCAACUGGUCCAAAAUCCGCAAACUGAGUUUCAAACGGAAGCAUUUCUUGAUCAAGCUCCACGCCAACGUUUCGGCUUUCUGCAAAGAUACACUGGAGUUCACCAUGGCGAGUCGGGACAGGUGCAAGGCCUUCUGGAAGAUGUGUGUGGAAUACCACGCCUUCUUCCGCCUCUCCACGGAGCCAAAGUCAAAGCCCAAAGCUUUUCUUUGCAGCAAGGGCUCCAGUUUUCGUUACAGUGGAAGAACCCAAAGGCAGCUGCUGGAACACGGGACCAAGGGGAAGCAGAAGAGCUUGCCGUUCGAGAGGAAACGCUAUUCCUCUUGGUACCAUGACAGGCAAUGCCGGUCCUCCCCGGAUCUCCUAACAGAUGUUUCCAAACAAAUGGAGGACUUGCGGCUCGUCUACGGCACCAUGGGAGGCUAUUAUGGUACAAAUGGCAUCCACACUUCUGAACCCAUGCUAGACCAUCGGCGGAGGAACUCGGCAGUGGAGGUGAUCUUUGCAGAUGAAUUAGAGCGGUCUAAGCCUGAAGCCGAUCCAACGCUGCUGCUGCCCCACUCUCAGAGCAGCUCUGCCUUCCCGGUGGUCUACGCGGAGCUGGAACGUGAUUGGGAACCAGCCAGUAUCUAUGGGCAAAGGAGCCCCAUGACGUCUUUCCAGCCCAGCUCCAAGCUUGGUGGCAACACCAAGAGCACUUCUAUGAGCAACGUGAGAGACCUGAGUCCAAGGCAGCAACUUAUGUACACCGAUGUCCCCUACAUGGCAGCUUCCAAUCAACAGCUGGACAUGGCUUCUCCACCAGUGCUCUUCUACAUGGACAGGCCACCUCAGUACCCCAGAGGUCCUACCAUUGACCAUGCCGAGGAAAGAGUGGUUGAGGUAAACACCUGUGAGACACCCAUGAAGCCACAAAGAAAUCCAGGGGCAACCCAGACCAAGUCAAUGGAGCAUAAGACCCUGCCCCAGACUACCUACAUGAGCAACCUUAGCAUGGAACAAGAUGACGAUGAGAGUGUCUUUGAUUAUAGUGUUCAGGAGGUUCCCAAAAGAUCUUGGAGCCAGGCUGAUGUCAAAGCCAUCAGAUUCCCUUGUGGCUCUGAGUUCCGCCCUCUAGGCCCAUGCCCUGUCUUGACCAGCAGAAAGAUUGACCUCUUGCAAUGCAUGCUAGCCCAGCAACCAUUUCCAGAGCCUCCCGGAGUCCAGCGAACCAUGGAACGCUAUGCGGGCAGUGGGACCGAAUCCAGUGACUCUGAUUCGGACCUCCUCCCAGACUACUAUUCACUCUAUGGGCAAGUUCUCAAAAGACCCAGGGUGCGGAUCCACCUGUCUUCAGGGAGCCUUCAGCUUGAGGGCGAUGAAUCUCUGGUUCCUGCCACCAUUGACGACACUGACAGCGCAUCCAAUUAUUUUAUGUAGGCAACAAAACAAUGGCACAGGUCUAAAGUAUAUGGCGUAUUGCUAGAUUUUUCAGGUAGGAUAUUUGCAAAUAAAAACACUGUCAAAUCCAUUGACACGGAUCUGUUAAAGGAAAAGUAGAAUUGGUUUUAUAUAUCAGGUUUUUUUUCCCUAAAGGGACAAUUCCAAUGAUCUAG